AUGCCUGCAUCUACCUCCAACCUUCUCGGCUUGCCGCUCGAGACCCGCCUACAAAUCAUUCGCAACGUUCUUGCGUCAGUCGAUAAGGCACCUGUAAUCGAAGAGAUCAUUGAAGAUCGCAUUCCCUACCGUGUUCACUCCCAGAGGAGCGAAAUCUACGUCCCGAGAGUCGCAACUCCAGCCUUCCACGGCAAUGGCCUUCUCCUAACGAAUAGGCAGCUCAGCAAAGAGACAAAAUAUCUGCUGCAAUCCAUGCGCGAAAAGAAAACCAAAGGAUUCGAGUUUGUGCUUGAUGUCAUGUAUGUCAGGGGCGUCGGGCUCCUGCCAACUUGGCUGAGCGUGCCCGUUAAGACGAAGGACAUCGGGACUCUGCGUGUCCAGUUUCGCAUCGUCCGACCGCUUGCCAGUCUGAUUGAGCGCAGUUGGGUGGUAAAUGCACAGUAUCUGAGCCCCGACUUUGCCAAGUACCAGGUCAGCAGGUGGCUUGCCCACGUGCUCCUGUCCUACGCCUUCAGGCGAGUGGACAUGCAACAUCUAUCUGAUGAUGAUGAAGAUGAUGUUGAAGAUGCCGAGUAUAUCGAUACUAAGUUGAGCAUGAACGGUUAUACUGUCGACCAACUGCUUAUCGACGUGCACCCCCUCCAAGUCGUCUCCGACGGCGAGACGGCUGAUGGUUGGUCCAAUGGUAUGAUCCCGCGAGCAUACGACACAAAUGAUUGUUUCCCUUUUGGGUGUGGAACCUAUCUUGGAAUGUUUCCUAUGACCCCUGAACAGGCUGGACUGCUCUUCAGAAACAAAACCUCGCCACUUCAUGCCAGUCUUGACCUGGGAGAGCGAUUGAAGGCACUUCUGGAUAACCUUGCCCACGACGUCAGCCUGGACCCAGAACUUGAACACAACAGAAAGACGCUGCUCAAUAACGUAGGCGUUAUCAGUAUCCGUGUUGUCGACUCGCACUAUACGGAGUUGAAAGAUUUGGCGGACAAGAUCGAGAAAUUAAGACUUGCCCGUAACAUGACGUAA